AUAAACUUCAGAAAUGCAAGAUGGCGCUGCCCAGAGCAGGAAGGUCUGCCAUCGUCCUCUCCUCAGUCCCCUUCCAACUGCUGCUGUAUUUGUCUGCCAUCUACUUUGUCUUCUACUUCCUGUGCACCCUCUGCAUGAUCAUCUACAAGAGUCAGGUCCUCAGCUACCCUGAGGAGCGGCUCGCCUGCGACCUGGGGCUGCUGCUGCUGAUGGCUGCCCUGGAGGCCCUCCGUCUUUUCCUGGGGGCCUCGGGGAACCUGAAGGAGAGGGAGGGCCCCGUGGUGGGGAGCCUGGUCCUCAGCGGGACCACCAUGCUGCUCUCCGUCUACUUCCUGGCCUGGCAGUCCUACGUGCUGCGGGCCGACCUCGUCCUCAAUGCCAUCCUGCUGGGGGUCUACGGCCUCGGCGGGGUCCUGGCCUUCGUUACGGUCGCCCGGUUCACAAGUAUCAACUCAUAAGAAGAUCUCUGGGCAACAAGUGACAGAGCUGGAGCUCUAAACCCCACCAGACCAGAACCACGUUCCUUCUGUUGUUUAGUAUCACAUCGCUUUCUUUGGGAGGGGGUUUGGUAAUGGAUUCUGUUUUAACUUAUAUCAGGUGAUCUUGAAUGGGUAUUUUUUUGUACAUGUGCAUUUUGGUGCAUUUAGUUUUCAUAAUUAUAGAGCAAUAUAAUAUUGCUUUAUCAGGGAAUUUUAUUCUGCAUUAUUAUUAUCUCUGUAAAUAAUUUCACCUUUAUAAUAGUUUAUAUAUUAUUAAACUAUUAUUAUUAUUGUAUUAUUAUACUAUUAUUGUUUGUUGUCUAACCUAUAUCGUAUUUUGUGGUAAUUAUACUGAAAAUGUAUAAACGACCUGCCUUUUUAUUUGUUUUACCUCUAGAGGGCGGAAGUUAUCUUUUCUAAAUGUCCUAUUAAUUGUAUAGCUGAAAUAAAACGACUGAUUGAUCUUU